AGUGCUCUGCCCUUGAUAUAGAGGUUAGUGUUAUGAUUAUGUGUAAACAGGUUACGGUAAGUAGAAUGUCAGAGCCCAUCUAAGAUAUUUCUUUAAAAGGGCAGUAUGCUGAUGGGUGAAUUGCUUAGUGCUUUCGAAAUUUCGCAUAAACACUGACUUCAGAAAAUACCCGUGGUUUAGCAUCCUCAGGACGCCCGAUCAUGUUUCGAGCUCGAGAAGAUUCACGCAUUGGGGACGAGGAAUUCAAGAUGCACUUUCAUCUUCCUCAUAGCGUUAUUGCUGAAAAACUUGAUGGAUUUUACAUUCGUGUGAAGAGACAGAUUCUACAGUAUCAGAGCUGCACAUUAGGACUCUUCCCAGCCAUUGGAUCAAAGAACAAUGCCAACAGAGUGGGAUAUGUUCGAGACAGUAUUUAUUGUGCAAUGGCAGCUUGGGCUCUCUCUCAAGCUUACAGGCGUAUUGACAACGACAAAGGUAGGACACAUGAGCUUGGUCAAGCAAGUGUUAAAUGCAUGAGAGGAAUUUUGUAUUGCUGGAUACGUCAGGCAGAGAAGGUGGAAUUGUUUAAAAGGAAUCAAAGUCCAGAGAAUGCUUUGCAUUCAGCAUUUGACUUGGUUACCGGUGACCCAAUCUUCGGAGACACUGAAUAUGAACAUUUACAGAUUGAUGUUAUUGGUCUGUUUUUGCUAACACUUUCACAGAUGAUUACUUCAGGGCUUCAGGUGGUGUACACCACUGAUGAGGUUAACUUCAUUCAAAAUCUUGUAUUCUAUGUUGAACGAGCCUACCGCACACCAGACUAUGGUAUGUGGGAAAGGGGCAGUAAAUACAACAAUGGAAGCACAGAAAUUCAUGCAAGCUCUAUUGGGAUAGCCAAAGCAGCUCUGGAAGCUGUGAAUGGAUGCAACAUGUUUGGAGAGCAUGGUGCUGCCUGGUCUGUCAUCUUUGCUGACAUUGAUGCACACAACAGAAAUAGAACCAUCUUUGAGACCAUUCUUCCUCGUGAAUCUAACUCUAAGAACACAGAUGCUUCUUUACUGCCUACACUCUGCUGGCCAGCAUUUGCCAUUCAUGAGAACCCCAUCAAAUACAGAGCCAUCAACAAGGUUCUUCGUCGUUUGAAAGGGAAAUUUGGAAUCAAGAGGUUCUUUAGAGAUGGUUAUAAGACUGUGCUGGAGGAUAAAAGCCGUAAAUACUACAAACCAGCAGAGAUCAAGAAUUUUGAUGGCAUUGAGUGUGAAUGGCCACUUUUCUUUGUCUACCUUCUCAUUGACAGUAUUUUCAAGGGAAACAAGGAAGAGCAAGACAUGUACAUGGAGUUAAUCAACCCUCUUCUCUUCAAUUCACAAGAUGGAUGGCUGCUGCCUAUGUAUUAUUAUGUACCCAAAGAUUUAAUUGAGUUGGAGAGGUCACUUGGAAACCAAGAGAGACUACCAUCACCAGAAGGCUCCACAGAUGGAAUCUUCCUAUGGGGGCAAGCUGUAUACCUCAUCAGUCAGAUGCUGUAUGAGGAACUGCUGCUCAUAAACGAGCUGGACGUUGUGAGACGCCAUCUUCCAGCACUAGAGAGACCAAAGUUCAACACUCGUUACUCCACAUUUCAGGGCACUGCACCAGACCUGGUUGUUCAGGUUGUACUUAUUGCAGAGUCUGUAAGGUUGCAGCAGUUAUUAGCAACGUAUGGCAUUCAGACACAAACGCCUCACCAGGUGGAACCAAUUCAAAUAUGGUCACCAAAGGAACUUACAAAAGCUUACUGUAGCCUUGGUUUCAACCAAAAAUUGGGAUUAACAGGUCGUCCCCCACGACCCUUUGGUGUUCUUAGCACCUCAAAGAUAUAUCGAGCUUGUGGAAGAACAGUCAUUUGCUACCCUUUGUUGUUUGAACUGAGCGAUUUUUACCUGGCACAGGACAUGUCUCUUGUAAUGGAUGACUGUAAGAAUGAUAUUGCCUUCCUGUCCAAAUGCUGGAAGCUGUCAGGGCGCCCCACAUGGUGUAUGGUCAUUCGGGAAAAUUACAUCAGGGGACAAAACUUCAAUGAAAUUCUAGACUUGCUGGCACAGUUCAAAAAAGGAUAUGUCAGUGGGGUCCAUGUUAGACUGGGAAAACUUCAGUCAUUCCUGUCCACUGCCUGUACGGAGCACCUGGACUUCCUUAACUCACUACCAGAUACUGACAGCUUUCAGCCCUUUCAAGAAAAGGCUGUCAAGUCAAGCUUCAGGUCACUGACAGAUAUACCAAACAUUGUUGUUUAUGAAGAUGAUUAUUUUCUGGAUGAGAAGGAUGUUCAGUUCAAGUCUACACCUGAGCUGGUGAUGUACUUCAAAUCACUGAAUGGUGUUAUUAAUGCCGCCACAAUCCUAAAAGUUCUGUAUGAACGUGAGGGACCUUUCUUUCGGUUUGAUGGAACUACAGUUGGUGAAUGUUUAGAGAGACUCAUUACAAGAGCAGGUGUGCAGAAGAAGUGGUCUGUUGUGCGCUUGUGUUCAGCACUUCUUGGAAAGCUGGUUGACAGUUUGGCACCAUCUAUCACCACUGUUCUUGUACGAGGAAAACAGAUUACAGUAGGUGUGUUUGGUCAUGAGGAGGAAGUUUUGGACAAACCUGUGAGCCCUAAUGAAUUAAAAGCUAUCUUGUACCGCCAGUGCCUGCCAUAUGACAUUCGGCAGGCUGUGCUUCAGCAAGAACUUAUUCUCGCCAUCGGUGGUCUUAUUGCAAUUCACUCGGAGCUGUUUGAUGGCAUUCUCAAAAUUCGGAUUGGGUGGAUAGUGAGAGCCAUGCAGGUAGAGAUGGAACAAGAGAAGGGGCAACAUGUUGAUAUCUACGCUUUCUCUCCGAACCAGGUCAAAGAGCAGCUGUACAAAGUGCUGACUCGCAACAUAUUAGAAGCUCACCAAAGGACCCCACUUCAGAAACGGCAGCUGGAGGGUGCUUUAAACCGUGUUCCAAAAGACUUUUAUAACAGAGUCUGGGAGAUACUGGAGAAGACACCUGGUGGAAUCAAGGUAGCAGGGUACCUUCUUCCCCAGCAACCCACACAGUCUGACAUGACUAUGUAUGAAAUGAACUUCUCUCUGCUGGUUGAGCAGAUGUUGAGUAAAAUUCCUGACCCUACCUACAGGCAGUUGAUGGUGGAGACUUUCAUGGUGGUUUCAACCAUUUUGGAGCGCAAUCCUGAGCUUGUGUUUCAUCAGUCACUUAACAUGGAUAUGAUCAUCCGUGAAGCAUAUGAUGACUUUCAAAAAGACCUGGGUCAGAUAGAAGGAAGAGAAAAACAAGAUGACAUGCAUCGCUUUUUCAACACCCCUCCAAACACCCAACAUGGCACCACAGGCUAUAUAGCCAAGGCUGUUGUGAAGAAUCUUUUGGAUGGAGAUCUGCGCCAUGUGGCUGAAGACAUGUGCUGUCUCUCAUGAGUUCUUUUAAAUUUUCUUGUGUUGUGUAUUAAUUUUUUUUGUGAGACUUUCGAGAUGUUUGUUACAAGAAGUGUGUUACUUGUAUAUAAUGUUUUAUACAGCAAGUGCAUUAACUGUACAUACUAUUACAAGAUAUAUAGGAAAACUCAGGUUUGCAAAUUGUUUCAUACUCAAAUAUUUAUAAAUUUCAUUCUUUUGCUAAGGCUGGAUAUUUGUGCACUAAUGUAUUUCAUCUUUAGGACUUUUUUUAAUGGAACAUUCAUAAUAAGCAAAUGCUUAUAAACUGUAUACAUUUUAAUAUUUAAUUUUUUUUUAACCUUUUCUUUCUUUAAAAGUGAUCAUGGCUUCAGAAAGAAAACAAAAUAAGUCAUCAGUUUUUAAAGAAGUUAGUUUACCAAAUGAUUGUAUACCCACUUCUGUUUGAUUUACUGUCAGAAAACAAUUUCAGAAGUUCACAUGCAUGCAUUGAGUUGUGUUUUUGUUCUGAAUUUUAUUUAUUUUUCUUUAAUUAUUUUAAAUUGCACUGGACAGUUGUACCCCAUUAUCCAAAUGCAACUUGUGGAAAAUAGGUUUAAUAGAAGGAGCCACAUUUCCAUUUUUAUGGCACCACUCAUUAUGCUAAGAGCUAUGGUAUGCAGUAGCAUCAAAUCCAGUAGGAAGAGUUUGUAAUGGGGUGUGACUGUAUUUUAUUUUGCUACUAGAUAUUGCGUGAUUUUUAAUUCAACAAUAUUUCCUUGUAAAUGUAUUGGUUACUUCUAAUGAUGCAUUAAGAAGUGAUUAAACAUUAUAUAACUCUACUUGCAAUCCCUGUUAGUGUGGUACACAGUACAUAUCUGUAGCUUGAUGCCCAUGGAAUGUAUUUAAGAUGUUUUUUUUAGGACAGGCAAAAGAAUAAAAAGACUAUUUCUUUAACUUGUAACAUUUGUAGCGGCAGUGUAUGGUGACUGUUGCUUAAAAAGGCAAUGGUGUGAUAAUGCAAAAAAAAAAAAAAAAAAAAAAAGACAUUGUAACAUGCUGAAAAUUAAUUAAACUCUUAAAUAUCAGACUCAGUAGUGAUGCUUGUAGGAAAUAGCAUUUAUUGUUUUGGAUGAUAUAUCCAGAUUCAUACACUUCAAAGAUAAACAUUAUACACAAGUGACUGUUCUUCAAAUUUUUUAACACAAUGUACCUUAUUGUGUCUGUUGAUCAUAUUUCAUAUCGUAUUGUAAAUGUUUAGUUUCAGAUGAGACUUUGCUCCGUCCUAUGUUGGCUGUUGGAACAAUAAAAUGUUCUAGCAUAUUUUAGGAUAUUAUAAUAACAUAGCAGAAAAGUAAGCUCACUUGUUUGGAAAAAAAAAAGCUCAACUAAAAAAGCAGUGGCAAAUAUAAAUUCUCAUAUCUCAUGUUUCUCUACAGUGUGGGGGCAUUCUUGCAACAGAUGAAUAUUCGUGGACAAGCUAGUCAGGAAUCUUUCAUUUUGAAGGUCACAAAUUUGUGUUAAAAUUAUUCCUGAUUUUACUUUGUUGUGUCAUGCUACAGUUUACUAUUAGAUGCAAUUAUAUUUUGUGUUUCUGUUUAUUGUUCUGGCCAGUUUUGUUGAUUUUGAGCCUGUUUGCACAUGCUUGUGUUUCCUACUGUUUUUAAUUUUCCUUGUUGUGUUCUUAAAAUUUCCACAAUGCUAGUAUUUUGAAUUAUAUUGUGUAGUGAUAAUGAUGUGUCCUUUGGUAUUUUGUUUCUUCCUGAAGUUUCAGAGGUGUUUGUAUUGUUUCAUCCUGAAAGUUUCCAUGGUUUUGUAGUGUCCACUUUGCACGUAUCUUCUUAUAACCAAUGUUUUUAUUCAGAAUAAUAAUAGGAUUUGUAUAAUGCAUUUCCCCACAUAAAGGCAAGCUCAAUAUGCUUCACAAGAGACCAGAGUAGUGGAGAAAGAGUCCAUGUGAUGUAGACGUCACAGUUGAGUACAAACAAGCACAAUAUAGACAAAAAUGCACCAGUUAGCAAUGCAGGAACUUGAAGGAAUGCAGAUAAAGGACGACAGGAUGAAUGAGUUAUAGUUGGUGUUUCUGAAAGAGAUAUGUUUGAAGUUUGCAUUGGAAGGUAUGUAUUGACUCCGUUGUGCAGAAAGAUCAAGGCAGGUCAUUCCAAAUGCUAGGGCAAGAAAAAGAGAAAGAGCGAUGGCUGAACGUCUCCAGUUUGAUACAUGGAUACAGAGAAACCUGACUAGGGCUGAGUGAACUGACCUGCGAGGCUGACAUGGCAGCACAAGUUCUGCAGAUAUAAUAAUAAGCAUUAUUCUCAUCAAAGUCUUCCCAACACAAGUUUUUAUUUCAUUUGCAUAUAACUCUGUAUAUACUAAGAGGUAUCUUAAGGUUUUCCUUUUCUCUUUGACAAAUAUGUCCAGAGGAUGUAGUGGCGUGGCAAGAGACUUGGAAAAAUUGUAAGGAAGGUAAAACUUCAGCUUUCACAAUUUUUUUAGGCAACAUCUUUUUUGCAGCAUUCAUUCUGGCAUGACUUUGAAAAAGGAUGAAAUCAUCUUUGUUGACUAGCACUGGCUGUAUUUUAUGACUCCACUGCACAAGGCAUGGAACAUCAAGAUUCACAUCGCCAUAUCUGAAUGUAACAAACCAUUUCUAUCCUUUUUUUGCCAGUGCCAAGAGGUUAUAACAAUCUGUAUAUUAUUACAGUCUUCCUCCAUCACAUUAUGUCCCAGUUUGAAUUUGUAUGGAGCCACAAAAAGUCCAACAUCAUUGGAGGUUUUUUUCCCUCCAUUUGUCUGACCCAUACAGGAUGAUGUUAGAUUUAGCACUGUCACCGAUAUAUAAAAUGGACAGCUGGAGGUCUGUUAAGGCCAAUAUUUUUAGCCACUCACAGGAUGAGAGGGAACUAAUGGUAAAGAUCUAUUUAAGGAAAUAGAGAUGUAAUUCAUCUGAAAACUUAGAUGUUAUUGUGUUCCACUUCUAUUACAGAUAGCCUUUGAUGUUGUCUCAAGGCUCAGUUCAGGUAAGACACAGUUUUUGUCAACAACUGUUUAUCAGUAAUUUAUAGAACAGCAAAGUUCUCUCACUGUGGUAAAAACUUCACCUAACUUCAAAUUGUCAGGAAAGAGAGCUGACCCAAAGAGGUUGAAUUUCUUGCAAUUUUUACUAAUCUGCAAGCACGGCUUUACUGCAUCCUUUUCUGUUGACUUCAUACCUAUAUUCUACAUCAGUCGUGCCCAAACUUUUCUCACUUAAGGGUCACAUUGGACAUGAUCUAAAAUCUCGCAGGCCAGAACAUGGCAGUUUUACCAGAAUCAUGAAUUUAAAAAUGAACUUAUGCUGUGUCUGAGCAGGCCAGAUGAGGCACCUUCGUGGGCCAGAUGUGGCCUGAAGGCUGUAGGUUGGGCACCCUUGUUCUACGUGGUGCUUAUAAUAAUGUCUGAAGUUUUUUUUUAAAUGGUCAGAUGUAUGAAGUGGGUCAAUAGCUCUAGCCUCUAACUCCAAGAUUGCUAUGAAGCAGAAUAAUUUGAUCAAUGUCAUAGUGCUCUGAUUAUUACUGAAGUUGUCUUUGAGGUGUCAUCUUUUAUUUUUAUAACCUUGCUUUGUACAUUAAGCUUCAGACACAAGAAGCAGACCUUAGGUACUCUGGGCCAGAGUGCUGGCACCUUAAACCUGCAAUUAUAUCAUCAGGGAAUAUUGUAUCUUGCCAAACCUUAAAAAAAAUGAUACCCACAUUUCAGUUAACUCCCUUUUAAUAGGAUCACCGUUCUGUUAUCAGAUUGUUUCAUAUAGAUGAGAAAACAUUUAGUUUGAUCAAGCUGACAUGUGUUAGAUCAUUGUUGAUGCAUCCUGUUACAGACAAGACGUAACGAUGACGUGAAAAGCUGGCGUGGAAGGAGAAUCAUGUGAUCUUACAGGAGUGACAGUUGAAAAAAAGAAAUAUAUGAUUUUGAUUAGUCAUUUUUUUUAGUUAAAAUGAAGACAGAUUAAUGAGCUUGUGUAAUAUUUUCUUAGGUCAUCAUAGUGCAGUGCAAAGGCCAGUCACAACAGAGAUGAAUGCUGUUGAUUCUACUGUACUCUCAUCCCCAUUCUUUAAAUGUACUGAUCUAAAUCAACUGCUUUAUUAUUAAUUUAAUAAUGUUCUAAUUAUAGUCAAAAUAAAUUUAGUGAAUACAAAAAA